AUGGCUAGUUCCUUCACUCCCGUAUUCACUACCGAGGCUCCUGCGCCGCUGCCCCAGUUCUCGCAAGCCGUUGUGUACAACGGGCUCGUGUACUGCUCAGGAAACAUUGGCAUUAAGCCAGGGCCGACGAUAGAGCUCGUAGAAGGAACGGUAAAAGAUCGAGCCAGACAAGCUCUCUCCAAUAUCCAAGCCGUCUUGAAGGCUUCCGGCAGCAGUCUGGAUAAUGUGCUGAAGAUGAACAUUUACCUGACAAACAUGGACAAUUUUGGAAUUGUAAACGAGGCAUAUGAUGAGUUCUUCAAGCGGGAUAUUAAGCCAGCGAGAACCUGUGUGGCAGUUCACCAGUUGCCUUUCGGGACAGAUGUAGAGAUUGAGUGCACAGCUCACUUGGAUGCAAAUCAGACAUGA